GGCAGCAGCAGCAGAGUGCGGUAGCUUCAUUUGUGAUAUGCGAUUGCACGCAGCACACCCACUGACUCUUGACUCACCACUCACAACUCGAUUCUGACUACGUCAAGCACAUUACGACCCUGCCAUCGCUUGCUCCGUCCACUCAAAGCUACACAGGCGCUUCAAAUUGGCUGCCUCCCCUCUCACAACCGGACCCUUUCGCCGCCGUGGUUGUGGCGUGCCCAGCACCAGGAGAAGUACGCCAGCAGGAGGCUUCUAGUGUAGGGUAGGCUCUGCCUACUCGACCAGCUUCAGCUCCACUGCUUCAAGCGUAUCCGCUACUGAUCUUGUCGCCUCACAAUCUUGUUGACGCCUCACUCUAACAAUGAGCUACGAAGACUUCAGCGAGGAAGAUGGGCCUCGCGGUCAAGGUUUUAGCUUCGGUGCUUCUCGCAACGAUCCCAGCCCGCUUAGAGUUGCUGAGAUGGACGACGACUUCCUCUUCAUCCCUCCGUCAGGCGGAUCUCGAGCUCAGAGUGGCCAAGCUAGCGGAUCUUUCGAUACCUACGCCUCGGCUCCCCGCACCUCUCAAGGCUCCAGUGCUUGGUUCAUCGAUGCGCACAUAGGCGGUCUGGCAGAAGGCCCAGAGUACGAGCUGACUCCUAUGUGCGUCAGGGCUCUACAUCGAUCGCUAUGGUCAACAAUGUUUGCACUCGUGCCUGCUGCAUACCUGCUCCCUCGCCAACUGGCACCAACGGGCGAACAUGCUCUCCGGCUGCUGGAAGAAAGCGACUGGAAUCUGUGCGAAACACAGCGUAGAGCUGUCAAGGCUAUGGCGGAAGCCGCUCGCGAUGGCAAAGGCAAAGGAGUGGAGGGCAGGAUGUCGUCUCCGCUUAGCGGUCAAGCCGAAUUCGAUCUCGGUCCAGAGUACUCCGUGGAGCGUCGUGGGAUGCCAUGUGGCCACGUCUUCAAGAAGGGUGAAGCAAUCUAUCGAUGUCGUGACUGCGGCUUGGACGACACCUGCGUUCAGUGUGCACCCUGCUUCAACGCUUCCAGCCAUGAGGGCCAUGACAUCGUCUUUAGCGUCAGCGCUUCCAGUGGCGGCUGCUGCGACUGUGGCGACGACGAGGCGUGGAAAAAUCAUCUUGGCUGCAAGUAUCACGAAAGUCGGAAGUCACAAGCUGAGGGCUAUGCUGGCGAUGUCUCGAUGGAUGAAGCGGGCCCUGCUGGCUCCGGACGAAUGGCAGUGGACGAUGAGUUUGCCGACAAUGAAGAGGAUGACCAUUCCACCUAUCACUCUGCUGUCGAGGAUGGUGGGACAAGGCUUGGCACUAGCGCGUCGGCCAAGUCGCCCAUGCGUGGUAGCACAGGCGCUUCUUUAGUGGACUCGCUGAUCGCCAAGGUACCACGCGACGUCCUCGAGGGCCUGACCAGUCACCUCACAACUCUCCUCACGUACGUCCUCGAUACAGUGGAGCAUGCGCCCUCUGAAUGCAAGCCGCGCCCCAGCAUUGCUGCUAUCGAACGACAGCCAGAUCUGCGCAAUGACGCCGAGCCUCGCGUUCCAGGUGGCAAUCCUCCGGAGCGCAUGUAUUCGGUCGUUCUUUGGAAUGAUGAGAAGCACAGCUUCAAGACGGUCAUUGACACUGUGGUCGACGCCGUGGACGUCAGCGAAAACCGAGCAAAGAGGAUCGCCGAGCGCAUUGAUCGUCAUGGCCGUGACGUGAUCUACAGCUCUUCAGACGUUCGACGACUUCUCGUCAUUUCUCGGAAGCUUACCGCUGUCGAUUUGGGUGCCACUAUCAGUGCUACGUACGACGUCUUUGCAGAAGAGGUUGCGCACCACGUUCUUAGCAUGAUCUUCGACCUUGCAAAUGCGUCCUUAUACGUGCCAUCGGAAACCUCUGACAGGAUGUUCGAUUUCAGCCACCCUCUCGACAAGCUUGUUCCGAAUGCAGUUGCCAUGCGUGCGAUCACAUGCAAAGCAUUGCUCGAGCGCUGGUCGCCCCGCAAGCCAGUCGAGCAGGGUAUGAUGUCGCACGACUACUUCGACACUCGUGACUUGCGCAAGCUUGAUGCCCUGUUGCUUCUCGAUAUCAGAUUGUGGAAGGCGGCAAGAGCCCUGACUCGGAAGACGCUUAUGGCAAUCAUCGGUGCUCGAGAAGUCAGACGAGAAGUUGCUCUUCGCUUUGCUCGAGUAUAUCCGAAAGCAAUCGAGAACUUCAUAUUGAAGGACCGCGAGCCGGAACACUCGAUCUGUCUUAUGACGGUACAGCUCUUCAGCGUCCCUUCGGUCGCCCGCGAGCUCGUUCUCCGUUCUGACGUCAACUUUUUCCAGAAGCUUUUGCAGAUGCUGCAGUCCAUCUUCACUGGCAAUCUCAUGUCGGCGCGCGCAAUCGAGCUGCCUCCGCUUCCGCCGCUGAAUGGCGUUGCCAACACUACAUCGAUGCUACUGCGCCAACAGCGAUGCUACCACAUCUUUUCGGACCUGAGAUACGUCUUGUUGGCCGAUGGAGUCCAAGACUUGCUGGUCUCGCAACCUCCUCACUUGGAGCAUCUCCUGUCUUUACUGAGCCUGUUCAACGCGAUCACGCCCGACCGCAGAGCAAUUGGGGAGCAUGUAGAGUUCGAGAACGAAACGUGGGUGCCCAUCUUCCACAUCUCGACGCAGCUUGGCAGAGUUGCAAAGCUAUUUGGGGAAGCCUUCCACAAAGCCACGCCUCGACAACUUCAAGAUGCGCUGCUACUAGCGGCGAGGAAUCUGCUCCUCAAUCUUCUCACCCUGCAUCAAAAUUUGCCUGAAUCGUACGAGCCCAUCGUAUUCCGCUCAGUCAUUUUUGACGACGACCAGUAUGAAGUCAUCCUCUUCGAAGUCGACCGAACCCCAGUGUCGUUCCACCAUCCCAUGCACGCACUCUUUGCCGAGCUUCUCAAGCACGCUAAUCGGGCAUUCUCGAAUGGGAGGAGUCAAGCGUUGCGCUUGGCCGACAUAUUUCCGAGCGACAUCGACGAGAAAUCUCUUCUCAACAUCAUCGACUUUCCGCUGCGAGUGGUAGUCAAGCUCGCGCAAAUUAGAGCCGGGAUGUGGGUGCGCAAUGGAUUUGCCAUCCGAUCCCAAGCGCAUCAUUAUCGUGAUCAUUCGAUGCGGGACGUGAUGUAUGAUCAGGAUCUCUUCCUCGUCCAAGCCGGUCUUGCACUAGUCUCGCCAGAUCGCAUGCUCGUGUCCAUCAUCGACCGCUUCGGCCUUCUAAAGUGGAUGCAGGGCGAUCACGCGCUUGACGGUCGUAUCGAUCCCGACCAGGCGAGGUUUUUGGCGGAAGAGCUCCUGCUGCUGCUGAUCACGUUGUUCUCGGAGACCGGCAUCGCGAUCGGGAGUUCGAUGGAGGACCAGGUGCGACGCGAGAUCGUUCACUUCCUCGCUCUCGGACAAGGGCAGUACUCCGACCUCACGAGGCACAUUUCCGAACGCUUAUGUGAUCACUCCAGUUUCGAUCGCGUUCUUGCUCAAGUCUCCAACUUCCGAGCUCCAGGUGGCACUACCGACCUGGGAAUCUUCGAGUUGAAGGACGAAUACUUUGACGAGGUACAACCUUACUUCUUUCACUAUACUCGCAACCAGCGCGAGAAGGCAGACGAGGUGCUCCGUCUGCGUCACAAGCGCAAAAUCGGUGGUAUGCAAGAAGCUGCGGACAAUUACGUGGCACUUCCAACGCGUAGGCUUGCCGCUGGCCAAGGCGUCGUCGUCGAUGCCUUGCGCGAAGCGCUGAACAGCAGAGUCCUCACACGCGCCGUCUUCUCCACUCUCGAUUUGUACGGCUCUGCGGACGAGCCGGAGCCUGACCAGCGCGCCAUCGACGACACUUACGUCGAGGCCGCGUUGCAGCUUCUGCUUCAAGGAGUCGUCGAGCGCGGCGGUGACUUUGUCAGGAAUCUGGCCACCCUCCUGCGCGCGCCCGCCUUUCGGCAGGCCUCGACGGUGCUUGGCGCCUUGCAGAACAUCGAGAAGCGCACCUCAUCGAAGCCGAUCAAGGCGAAGUGCACUUGGCUUAUCGAUCACGCGAUUAGUUUGGAUCGUCUGACUGCGUCUACGGCUUUGAGUCAUGACCGCAUCGCCCGCCAGAACGUCUCCGCGUCGGCGAAGGCACCGGCCGAGGAUCCAAAACGAGCCGCAGCGAAGGCGCGGCAGGCAGCCAUCCUGAACCAAUUUUCUGCAGCUCAAAAGUCUCUGCUAGAGUCAUUGGAUGAUGACGACGACGACGACGAAGAAGAAGAAGAAGACGAAUUGGAUGACGCCGACGACUAUGCUCAGGCCGUUGGACGUCGAGAGGAAGAAAGGGAGCCUCAGUCUUUAGGGACCUGCAUUCUUUGUCAGGAAGACCUCAAGAGGCAAAGGGCAUUCGGCAGUCUCGCAUUGAUCCAGACGAGCCGCGUCAUGCGCACCACACCUAGGAGGCAAGCGCACGCUCUUCAAGAAGUGAUGGACGUCCCAUUAAGCCUUGAUCGUGGAGGGUCGAGCGGCCGACGCGUGUCGCAGCAAGAUACAUACCCCGCCAGAGAGAACGAGGCUCGCCGGCCGGCUCAGCUCUUCAACCCCGUGGAGGACCAUCGUACUGGCUUCCACGCCUCUACUUGCGGCCAUUCCAUGCAUCUCUCGUGCUUUGAGUCUUACUGCAAAAGCAUUGAGCAGCGCCAUACCCAGCAGAUUGCUCGCAAUCACCCCGAGGUUCUGGGGAGACACGAAUUCGUUUGCCCACUGUGCAAGAGCCUUGGGAACGUGUUGUUGCCGUUGCCGGACGCCUCUUCUUUGUCGCCUGCGCCCUUGCUCGAACUCCCUAUCUCGGAGUGGUUGAGAAAGAUCAACAUAGACAUCUUGAAGACUUCUGCCAACAACACGUCUGCCGAGCUGCAAGAGGGCGAGAAUGGGACCGGUUCAUUCUUGCCAUGGUAUGCCGAGAACGCCUUCACUUGGCGCGUGGACACCACUUCCGACAGCAAUCUGGACCAGGACACGAUGAAGAUGCUCGAUCGGCUCAUUGUUGUGCUCAGACCUCUGUCGGCUCAGACCAGAUCAGCUCGGGAGACGUGGUCCGCCCGUAGCAUCACCGCACUUCCUGGCAAGAAGAUGUACAUGCCCGAGGAGCUCGUUGCCUACACCAUUGGUAUGCUAGAAGUAGCGCACCGAGGCACGCCAUCCGGCUCGACAUCGUCGACUUCUGAGACGAGCGGCUCGGCGAUUGGCGAUGCAAUUCUGCCCCACACGAUGGAGGUGAUACGCUCUCUCCUGCAUUGUCUCAGCAGCAUUGCUCGCUCGGUGCCUGGCAGUGCUAAAGGCAGCGAUGUCACGGCACCGCUUGGGAACAAAGCUCUUGCACUCAUGCAACAAGGUCUUCUCAAGCGACUGCUACCUCACUGGGGCAACGAUGCCAGCGUGGCUUCACCACUGCUUUUGCGCGAUCCGCUCACCAUCCUGAUAGAGACGGCAAUUCUCGCGCCUGCAAGCUUGGGUCACGUCACGACUCUCAUGUACUACGCCACUCUGGUCCAUACGAUCUUUGGUAUAGCGCAGCCGAGCGUCUGGCCUCAGAAUGGCGGGGGUCUUGGUCGAGCAACUGGAUUCGGUGUGCGGGCAUCUACAGUAUCUGCUGACGAACUUGCCGCCAUCAAAAGCAUCUUUCCGGAUGUGAGAUGGACCUUGGCAAACAUCAUCGGCUACGUUGGCUACGCCUGGGGCCAGAUCACCUUGGGCGUGGAUGGCCUAGAUGAUGCCAGCUUGGGCAAGAUGUUGUGUUCGUACACGCUGCCUUUCCUGCGCCGAGCCGCCAUUCUACAUGCCGCCCUUAAAGUUCCGCUCGCAUCGACAAGUGGUAGCGCUGAUGGACCGGGAGGCUCGAUGGAGUAUUUGCGCCUAAUGCGCGCGAUGCGCAUCCCAACCCCAGCUGAGGCUAUACCUCCACGCGUAGAGCGACAAACCGCAUUGACUGGAAUCAUCGAGGGAUGGAUCAAGCAUGCGUACAACGCCAUGGCCUCAUUAUUCAGGCCUCUGCCUAUCCACCCCUCUCCGCUGUCUCUUUCUAGUGCUAGCGCACACUUGCACUCAUCCUCUGCGCAUCCUAUGGUCCAACUAGAACAUCCGGCAAUCUACGAGCUGCUCACGCUUCCACACGACCUGGCUGCGCUGCUGCAGGAUACCCAAAGAGUCGUUUGCAAGCGCUGCGGAGAGUCGCCUGCCGAGCCAGCAAUCUGUCUGACAUGCGGUGCUACAGUCUGCUUCCAGAGCUUCUGCUGCGAGGACGAGGCGAGCGGAAGAGGGGAAUGCAACUGGCAUCUCGACGAGUGCGGAGGAUCGAUGGGCCUCUUUUUCAAGGUCAAGACGAACAUUGUGCUUUUGCUCUACGCUGGAAAUGGCAGCUUCACGUAUAGUCCCUACCUAGACACGCAUGGAGAGCUAGACAUAGGACUCAGGAAAGGCAGGCCUCAAAGGUUGCACAUGCAAAGGUACGAUGAGCUGCGCAAGCAGUGGCUCAAUCAUUCGGUCUGCCAUUUUGUAGCACGCAAAUUAGAAGCUUCUAUGGACAACGGCGGUUGGGGUGGGAUGUAGACCGUUCUAACGCCGGCCGCCUCUAGCUCUUUCCCGGUCAGCAAUACAACCUAGCAAGAUUCAGCUUCUGCCCAGAGAUGCUGACCUCGGUAUGCAGCAUCGCCGUUUCAUCAAUCGCACUUAGAGAUACUUCACGCAUUAGUUUUCAUGCCACAACUCGCUCUCGCGUGCACCGCACCUCGCAUGCUAUUCCUGUCUCGCUUCACACACAUCACGUCCGCUGGGUAACUAGCUUCAUCUUCUUUGCUG